UGCCGACCCCUAUGUGCACCGUAUCCAUGAGUCUCGUCAACUGCUCCACGUCAUCUGUAUCGAUCUCGUCGUCCUGGAUUUCCUCCUGCAUUUUUCUACCCUUUGUCGUCUUGUAUUCCUUUUCUUCUCGCUGUUUCUCAAGAGCCUCAGCGAGUGAGAAAACUACGGGCUGCAUGGACCCGAAUCGUGGAGUAGCGAACUGUCCGUAGUGCAUCUGAAGCACUCCAUUACACACUAGAGUGAACCCUUCGUUUGCUAGACACAUGGCCUCCAGUAGAUGCAUGCGGGCGUUGUGCAGCCGAGGGAGCGGCAGAUCUUUCGGUGGGGCGGGGAAGCACUCGAUGCACAUGCCUUCUCCGCCCUCGGCUUCCUCCGGUACAAGCUGGUGCCAGUCUGAGCAGCAUUUCUGGCCAAAAUGCACCGAGUCGCGCUCGUAAAAGACUUUAAGGCCGAAAGUGGCGAGAGAUUCACUCAACUCGGAUGUGAGUAGAUUUGAAAGGCAACGCAGCAGCCGCGAGAGGUCGUGUGGCGUCAGGAACGGCACGAGCUGCAGAUGGAGCAGCGUCACCAGGUCUGGCAGUGUGAUAACGUCGGGGGAUGGAGGUGCAAGGCGGCACGGCUUCUUCAUAUUCCGAGCGGCGGUCGCGGCACGGCGCUUGACCAUGGUGACGAGUGCGGAAUUGGGAGAAGGAUGGGGAGUGAUGGUCAAGUUCAACUUUCGGGGGGACAGAUACGACCACCGAAAGAGGACAUUUCAAGUCAAAAGAGUAGUGAAGUGAUACGUACAAUAUGCACGUUAUUCACAAUGCUGAUGCUCAUAGCAGCUCGACACUCUCUCGCUCAAUGUCGUCACGCUGGCAGCCAUCGUUCCUAAAGCGGCAUCGAUGCUGACGUUGGAAAUUCACCUUUUGUGUUGCAUUACUGAAUGACAAUGUGGUUGACAAACUAACGCUUCGCCCAAGUCUACUUCGCCAGUUUCCCCGAACCAGCACAUCGAUCGAAGACUAACAGCAACUUCAUCCACGCUUACUUAGUCUGCAGGACACCGGCGGCAAUCAACUUCUCGAUCUUGGCCAUGAUACCCGGGUUCUGCAGGUGACGCUGAGCGCCCAUCGGGUCCGUCUGGAAAUCGUUCAGCACGUUCUGCAUCACCGGGUCGCGCAAGAUAGCCUGGAUUUCGGGGUCAGCCAUGCCGUGACGAGCACGCUCCUCGUCGGUCUCGCCGCUCUGGAUCUUGUACAUGACAUUCCGCAGUCCGUCGAUGCACUCCUGGUGGUUCGGGUCAAGUGCCAGACCCUUCUCAUAGCUCUCACGGGCCUUGUGGAACUCCUUCAUGAAGCACUGGAUAGCACCCAUGCGAGAGUAUGCCUUGACGUACUUGGGGUCGAGCUCAAUGGCCUUCUCACAGUCCUUCUUGGCCUCGUUGAACGACGUCAGCUUCGUGUACGCAGCAGCACGGUUAGCGUAGUACACAGCACAGGACGGGUCGCGUUUGAUGGCUUCCGUGUAGCGCUCGACAGCCUUGGGGAACUCGCCGUUCUUGAAGAACUCGUUGCCCUCGUUCUUGGCCGCCAGAGCCUUCUCCGGGUCAAUGUAUGCGAGUUCCUUGGCCUUACGCAGCUUCACCUGCAGCGCCUUGAUCUUGCGCUCCACGUCCUUCGUGCGGUUCUCCAUCUGUGCGCCUUCGUACGCGUCGAUGGCGGCCGUCAGGUUCUCUUCCGUCUCGCCCUUCUUCAAGUGAGCAUUGCCAAUACGCACGUAGGCCUUGGCAAUCAGCGCGUAGUCCGCGCGGUUGGCGCGUCCGACUUCAAUGGCUUUCCUAAAAAAAAAAAUAAAAAAAAAUCAGUAUCCAAAGUUUGAAAGAAACAGUAAAAAAAAACAUACUUGCAGUCUUCGA